AUGCUCAUGGGCUGUCCCCCACAACAAAGAGCGAUCAGCUCAACUUUCCAUCCGAAGGUUCUGAGGCCUGACAGUCAAACCCACCGUAGUGACAAUAAGAACGGAAAAGACCACCACUCUGAAACGGCCUGCAGCAUAGCAGUGCUUUCCACAGUGUCCUCCUGGCAUUUCUUUAUUUAUUUUUAUUUUUUUAAUAUACCAGGGGUCUCAAAAAGUGGAAGUGGCUGGGGCCUCUUGCAAUUAGGUUGUUUGUGCCCAGAACUCUCCCACCCAGGAGCCAGGCUCCUGGCCAUUAGGGGUGGGUGGGCAGGCCCCUGGCGGGCACUCCUGCCCUUGCAGCCUGCCCAGAAAGGCCUGCCCCCUGUCCCCACAGGUCCCGCCUCAGCCUGCCUCCUGCUGCUGCUCCUGGCCCUGCCCCCAGCGGCCCCCAGCUGCCCCAUGCUCUGUACCUGCUACUCGUCCCCGCCCACCGUGAGCUGCCAGGCCAACAACUUCUCCUCCGUGCCGCUGUCCCUGCCGCCCAGCACCCAGCGCCUCUUCCUCCAGAACAACCUCAUCCGCACGCUGCGGCCAGGCACCUUCGGGCCCAACCUGCUCACGCUGUGGCUCUUCUCCAACAACCUCUCCACCAUCUACCCGGGCACCUUCCGUCACCUGCAGGCCCUGGAGGAGCUGGACCUCGGUGACAACCGGCACCUGCGCUCCCUGGAGCCCGACACCUUCCAGGGCCUGGAGCGGCUGCAGUCACUGCACCUGUACCGCUGCCAGCUCAGCAGCCUGCCCGCCAACAUCUUCCGCGGCCUGGUCAGCCUGCAGUACCUCUACCUCCAGGAGAACAGCCUGCUCCACCUCCAGGAUGACCUGUUCGCGGACCUGGCCAACCUGAGCCACCUCUUCCUGCACGGGAACCGCCUGCGGCUGCUGACGGAGCACGUGUUCCGCGGCCUGGGCGGCCUGGACCGGCUGCUGCUGGUGCCUCUACCUCUUUACUUUGGAGCCAUCUGUUCCACUCGGCAGCGCAGCGACAAACACGGCUCCCGCUCGCUGGAGAUGGUGGAAGACGCCUUGCCAUGCUAG